AGAGUUUAAUGAGAUAAAUACAAAUGUGAUGUCCGACUGCUCAUAUUGGAAAAAUCCCUGGGUACAUCCAAUCGUAGUGACUAAGAGUGGAGGUGUCGGCAAUGAUGAAUGCAAGUGAGAAACAAAGUAAAAACCUAACAGCAAAGAGCACGUUGCGACGAUUCACUGAACACGUAAAAAAUGGGAACAUCGAGAAAAUCGAAAAAUUCUUGGUUAAAGGAUUGGAUCCCAAUUUUCAUUGUCCUGACAGCCAGGAAACUCCCCUCACGCUGUCGACCACACUUCGCCACCCUCGUCACGUGAUCAUGGCAUUAAUCAACGGAGGAGCGCGAUUGGACUUUACAACUCCAGAUGGACGGAGCGCUUUACAUCGUGCAGUGGAAGCAAAUAAUAUCGAGGCACUUAAAACUCUCUUAGAUCUGGGAGCUUCUCCUAAUUACAAGGACAACCGAAAAUUGACCCCUCUUUAUUAUUCAGUUGUAUAUGGCAGUGACCACCAACUGACCGAGUUGCUUCUAUAUGAACACGCAGUUCUUGGGACAGCCGACCUCCAAGGUUGGCAGGAGGUUCAUCAGGCUUGUAAACAUGGCAGCGUUCAGCACUUGGAACUGUUGUUGUUUUACGGUGCCGAUCUCAACUGUCAGAAUGCGAGUGGAAACACAGCGCUCCACAUCUGCGCAGUAAAUGAUCAACAAGAAUGUGCUCGAGUGUUGCUUUUUCGUGGUGUGGAUAAAGAAGCUCUAAACUACGCCAAUCAAGACCCCUAUCAGGUUGCUGUGAUAGCAGGUAACCUCCAGCUUGCAGAGCUGAUCAAAAGCCACAAGACGGAUGAUGUCAUUCCAUACAGAGAUACUCCUCGUUUUAACCCACGACGACGGCCUAGCAGUACCGUGGUACGUACUGCUACAGAAAACAGAAAUGUAGUAGGUGCUAAGCCUUCUUCUGAAGCUGCUACCGAAUCUAAAUCUUCGGCCACUGAAGAAACAGCAGAAGAACCAGAAAAUGGUGCUACAAAUGAAACAGAAGUAUCUGAGAGGAAUAUACACCCUGGUGCUACCUGCGUGUGUGUUCAGAGUUAUUUAGCAGGAAGUCCUGGACAUCUUCCUCUUAAUAACGGUGAUUAUGUUGAAGUGGUCGGGAUCUCUGAUUGUGGGUUACUAGAAGGUCGAUUAGCCAAUGGUCAAGAAGGAUUUUUCCCUUCAUCUUGUGUGCGAGAAAUUAAAGCAAGAAUGGAAAACUUGGCUACUAGGCAGCAUCCUGGUGGACGAGACCUGCCUCUCAGAAGAGUUAACUCCAUGCCUAGAAAAUGGAAAAUGAAUGGAACACCCCGUACAGUGGUCCUUCAUAAAGGAAAGAAAGGUUUUGGUUUUGUUCUUCGUGGAGCUAAAGCAACCAGCCCUCUAAUGGAGAGACAAAGAACUUAUGCUUGGCCAAGUCUGCAGUAUCUUGAUGAUGUAGAUCGAGGGGGCGUUGCAGAUCAAGCAGGAAUGAAAAAAGGAGAUUUUGUGUUAGAGAUUAACGGACACAACGUCACUCAAGCUACGCACGACCAAGUUGUAGCCAUCAUACGGAAGUCAGGAGACUUGGUUGCCAUGACAGUGGUAACGGUCAACAACCCGCCGGGAACAAGAAGGCCUCUUAAUCAGAGACAAUGUGCUACAGUGCCAAGGAGAUUAUCUUUUAAGAAAGCUCCAGCGCCACCUAAACGUGACCCAGGGACCACUUUAUCUUUCGGAAGAGCCCGAGCUAGGUCUAUGGUAACCGGACUGGCAGACAUUGAUUCUUUAGAAGAUCCACUUCAGGAUUAUUAUUUUGAGUCUAGGUCAGCAAGAAGCAGUUUUAUCGUUUCGGGCGAGGAAGGCUCAAGCCAUUCAUCAGCUGAACAGCAAAGUCUUGAAUCUCGACUACAAGAAACUACAUCCACCACCAAUUCUUCUGGCGAUGAAACAAUAACAGCAGCUCGUGAUUUAGAUAUUCUGUUGGAUAGAAUCCAACCUUGUUCAUUUUACAAGAGAUUUUAUAGUUGUCCAGAUUUGGUAAAGAUAUCUAAUUGUGCAGUUAGAAAUAGAGAAAAAUAUAUUUGCAACCGUAGUCAAAGUUGCGAUACCUUUCGUUCGUUAAAUGGUAAAACUCCUGUACAUUCAUGGGCUUGCCCUCCACAUAAUUACAAAAAGAGUGGUGGAGGAGUCAAAGAAGCUGCCACUGGACUAAAAUUAUAUUCACAGUCAGUUGGAUUAAAUAGUAAAAUUGUACUUUCUGAUGAACGUAAACUAACUGAUUUGAAAACUGAGAAAACAAAUUUUAUUAAACAUAAACAUUGGCCAAUUUGGACAAAUGCUAAUAAUGAGCAAAGUUUCAUAAAUGAACGAAAUGCCUAUUGGUCACAGUCGGCAAGAGCCAGAAAUGAAGAAGUGCGGCUGGGAGUAUAUGCUGAAACAAUGGUAUCUGGACAACAGUUUCCACCACCCAGUCAGCCACCUCCACCUCUUCCUCGGGGGCAGGUUGUGCAGGUUGACAUUUCUAAGGUACAAGGUGAAUAUGCCAAUGUGUAUGCUAUCAGAAAUUAUGAGGUUGCGCCCAUGUCUAGCUUUAGACCAGGUGAUAGUGCUAAGCUUUACGCUUCUCCCGAGUCAGUGAUGACUGUUGGUUAUAAACCAUUUCACCACAGCAGGAUUACACAUCACACUCGGCCCCAGUCUGUGCCACCCAGAGACGUAAGACACCAAACAUCGUCAGAAUCAGAAAGCAGUGGAGAUGCAAGUGGUUUUUACGGUAGUUUAAUAAAUUCUCAAAAGCAACGAUCAGCAGGUUCCAGACAUUUCAAAGUAAAAGGUAUAUUAGGAAAUCAAAGUAGAUUUGGCAGCCCAAACCAUUUUCCAGUGCUAAAUCCAAAACCUCAUGAUCAUUUUCCUCCAGGUCUAGAGUUUGACAGCAGUGAGGAAGAAGACCUCUCCUCGUUUUUAAAUAAGGCUGGGAAACUUUCUACCUUUGGAAAAAGUGAUGAAAGUACAUUGAAUUGUAAUUCCUGGAAAUUUCAUUCAGAAGGAGAAAAAUUAAGAAUUAUGAUGCCCCAAGUCGAUUCUAGCCGAUCUAGUCCUUGUGGAAGGUAUCAAUUUAACCCUCAAAAAUGUGACUCGAAAAACAACUAUUUUCAGGCUUCAAGUCAACCACAACUGUUUUACAAUCACAAAAGUUCACAGCCAUCAUCUGUGGGUUAUUCUUUUUUGAACAAAAACUCUCAGUUCGUUAUAUCAGGAAGAGAGUCUCAUUCAAAUUACCAGUCUCACUUAUAUUCUUAUGCAGACCUUCAUAAAGACAGCCGUGGCAGGAGUGAACACUUCAAUAAGAGGACUGAAAAGUCUACUUUUGAGCCAGUACAAAAUCAUAAACCUGAUAAGUCAAUUCAUGAGCACGUAAUUAGAUCUUCAACCCUUCCAAAUCGCAGGAGUUUUAAUUUUGAGAUUAAUGAGCAGGGCACCAUCUCUGCACGAAGAACAAUUAGACCUUCCCGCUCAUUUCCGAACGAUCUAGCAAAAGAGGACAGGGAAGAAUAUAAACAUUCUCCUAAAGAUGAGGUAUACGUCUCCAGCACCAAUGGUUAUAUUAAUAACAUAACCAAAAGGGAAGGUAAAUAUUCCUUGCAGUUUGGAGAGUCACUGAGUGAGAAACAUUAUCAACAACUUCCAGUUGAAGGAUUUCUUGAAAGAGCUAGAAAAAGGCCACAACAAAGAAGCCUAGUUAUAGACAGCCUUUCAUCUAAGUCUAAAAGUUCAGGGAUAAAUAAGAACUCUAGUUCUGGUGGUCUCUUACAAUUUCUGCCUCCUCCACCAGAGUUCACUGUCCUUACGCCACCAGACGAUCACCUAGCAGCGAUGAUAUCCCCACCUCCAGAAUUUAGUGAUAGCGCAACUGGGUUGGGCGCCGAAGGAAAGAAGCGAUUUUUAUCACAGUCGAGUUACUCGGAUUUAAAGAGUAAUUUCAUAGGACACUGUGCUCCUAACUACAUAUUCAAAGAAAAAGAUGUUUACUAUUCUGUAAUCAAUAGCUCAGGAACAAAAAGGUGUGUGUCUUCAGGCGAUCGGCAGACACUUGCACAGGACUGUUCUUUGAAGCAAUAUCGUAUGGUUUCUGGCACAACUCAAGCAGUGACAUUACCAAGCGAACCACCAACUCAAAAAACGGAAGAAAAAGAGUUCCGUCGAAAAUUGCUGCAGGACUGGUCCAUUACAGAUGUAUCAGAGUGGCUGGACAGUCUCUUCUUAUCUGAAUAUAAAUCAGCUUUUCUAGAGGCAGGAAUAAAUGGAGCAAAAUUAGCUAACAUGGACAAUAAUGAUCUGGUAGGAUUAGGAGUGAAACUUGUUGGUCAUCGACUAAAUAUUGAGCGAGCCAUGAAACGUUACGUGAAGAAAGAUUAAUACAUUAGGCUGAUUUUGAACAUUUAGAAAUGCUAUAUUGUAUAUAAACCCUUGUCAAAAAUGAAUAACAUUGUUUUAAAUAGUGUAUAUGAUAAUACUAAUUAAGCGUAGCUUUAUAUUAAAGUAUAGAAAUAGCAUCGAGAAACUUGUCAGAGACUGUGUGAAAUGUGUGUGUGGUGAUGGUAAAAACAUACCAUGGCGAAUAAUUGCCAAAAAACAAACAAUAAUUCAGUCGAUGCAAAAGAAGCAAUGUUGGUUUAGUAGAGAAUGGCACCCCGAUUAGCUAGUGUCUAAUAACGUUUUCAAUCUACUGAUUUUGCUAGUAUAUAAUCAUACAAAUUAACUCCUAGACCUGGUGUAAAUGUACAUGUUAGGUACAUGUGUAAUAUAACAUUUAAUAUCUGAAAUAAAGCAAAUCUCCCUGA